UAUAACUAAAAAAAAUAAAGGAAACGCAGAAAAACCCUUUGAUUAUUGUCAAACCCGUCACGCCUCGCCUUUGCUGGUCUGAGUAUUAUACCAUCCCUCGCCACAUUCCCUGCAAUUCAUCGCCUAACUUCCUCGGCAACGAAACGCUUCCCGCAAUGUCACGCUGAAGGGAAUGCGAUCUGCGUAUUCAACCGUAGCUUUUCUCCUUCUUCCCCCCUUCUCCGAAACGCGUUCCCCUUCCUCAACCACCUUUCUUAAGCCUUGAAACCGAACUCGUUGCUAAAUCCUCAACUUUUCCAGCUGCGAAAGACGAUCCGAGAAGGAUAAAAAAGAAAUGGCGUCGUUCUUCUCGAAGCUGGCGUUGAUUCUCUCGUUCUUUCUGCUUUUCUUCCUCUUUCCUGCUCAAUCCGCGGUGUUCAGCGUAGAUCUGGGGUCCGAAUCGCUCAAAGUUGCUGUCGUGAACUUGAAACCUGGUCAGACACCGAUCUCUAUCGCCAUCAACGAGAUGUCGAAGCGCAAAUCACCGGCGCUGGUUUCCUUCAACUCCGGCAACCGUCUCCUUGCCGAAGAAGCCGCAGGCCUCACCGCUCGCUAUCCGCAGGACGUGUACUCUCAAAUCAGGGACCUCAUAGGGAAACCCUACGGCUUCGCCAAGAAGUUUCUGGAUUCAAUGUACCUCCCUUUCGAGGUGAAGGAGGAUUCCAGAGGCACAGUGAGCUUCGUGGUGGAAGGCGAUGGUGGCGCCACUCAGUAUUCCGCGGAGGAAUUGGUGGCUAUGGUGCUGGGCUAUGCGGUGCAUUUGGCGGAGUUCCACUCCAAGGUUCCGAUCAAAGACGCCGUGAUAUCGGUGCCGCCUUAUUUCGGGCAGGCUGAGAGGAAAGGGGUGCUUCAGGCGGCUCAGUUGGCGGGGAUUAAUGUUCUCUCGCUGAUAAAUGAGCAUUCUGGCGCUGCGUUGCAGUAUGGAAUUGACAAAGACUUUUCCAAUGAGUCCAGGCAUGUUGUUUUUUAUGACAUGGGUUCUGGCAGUACCUAUGCUGCACUUGUGUAUUUCUCAGCGUACAAGAGCAAAGAGUAUGGGAAGACUGUGUCUGUGAACCAGUUUCAGGUUAAGGACGUACGCUGGAACGCAGAGCUGGGUGGCCAGAAUAUGGAACUACGGUUGGUGGAGCAUUUUGCAGAUGAGUUCAAUAAACAAGUUGGUGGUGGAAUAGAUGUGAGGAAAUUUCCCAAGGCUAUGGCAAAAUUGAAGAAGCAGGUUAAGCGAACAAAAGAAAUUCUUAGUGCAAACACAGCAGCUCCUAUUUCAGUUGAAUCACUUCAUAAUGAUAUAGACUUCAGGAGCUCAAUAACCCGUGAGAAGUUUGAAGAGCUUUGUGAUGAUAUUUGGGAACAAUCUCUUCUGCCAGUGAAAGAGGUGAUUGAGCAUUCUGGCUUGUCAAUGGACCAGAUAUAUGCGGUGGAGUUGAUUGGAGGUGCUACCAGAGUGCCAAAGCUACAGGCUAAGCUUCAAGAGUUCCUUGGGAGAAAACAACUUGAUAGGCAUCUUGAUGCUGAUGAAGCUAUUGUUCUUGGUGCAGCGUUGCACGCUGCAAAUUUAAGUGAUGGAAUUAAAUUGAACCGCAAGCUAGGAAUGAUUGAUGGUUCUUUGUAUGGAUUUGUGGUUGAGUUGGAUGGUCCUGAUCUUCUGAAGGAUGAAAGCUCGAGGCAGUUACUAGUACCACGAAUGAAGAAACUACCGAGCAAGAUGUUCAGAUCCGUUAGUCACAACAAGGAUUUUGAAGUGUUGCUAGCUUAUGAAAGUGAAAAUCAUUUACCACCGGGUGUCACUUCUCCUGAAAUUGCAAAAUACCAGAUUUCUGGUUUGACAGAUGCAAGUGAGAAAUACUCAUCUCGAAACCUGUCGUCCCCUAUCAAGGCAAUUAUACAUUUCUCUCUAAGCAGAAGUGGAAUUCUCUCUCUUGAUCGGGCUGAUGCUGUUAUCGAAAUAACAGAAUGGGUGGAAGUUCCCAAAAAGACCCUGACCGUAGAGAACUCGACUAUUUCAUCGAACCUAUCAACUGAAGCUGGUGCUAACAACAAUUCCACAGAAAGCAGUGAAAAAAUGGAAACUGAAGUGGGGGUAAUACAAAAGCUUAAAAAGAAGACCUUUAGGGUACCAUUAAAGAUCGUUGAGAAAGAGCCUGGAUUGUCUCUGUCUAAAGAUUUUCUUGCCGAAGCCAAAGGAAAAUUGGAAGCACUAGACAAAAAGGAUGCCGAAAGAAAAAGAACGGCUGAGUUAAAAAAUAAUUUAGAAGGUUAUAUAUAUACCACUAAGGAAAAGAUUGAAACUGUUGAAGAGUUUGAAAAAGUUUCUACAAGUGAGGAACGCCAGUCCUUUGUUGAGAAGCUUGAUGAGGUGCAAGAUUGGUUGUACACAGAUGGUGAAGAUGCCAAUGCUACUGAGUUUCAAGAACGUCUAGAUAUGUUGAAAGCUGUUGGUGAUCCAGUUUUCUUUAGGUUAAAAGAGCUUACAGCUCGACCAGCUGCUAUUGAACAUGCCCAGAAAUAUCUCGAGGAGCUGAAGCAGAUUGUUCAAGAGUGGAAGGUAAACAAGUCUUGGCUUCCAAAAGAACGAGUAGAUGCGAUUCUAGAUGAUGCUGAAAAGUUAAAGAAGUGGUUGGACGAAAAAGAGACUGAACAACAGAAGAUUUCUGGAUUCAGUACACCAGCUUUUACUUCUGAAGAAGUACUUUUGAAGGUGUUUGAUCUUCAAAACAAGGUUGCCAGUGUUAAUAAAAUUCCCAAGCCUAAGCCUAAAAUUCAGAAACCUGUGAAGAAUGAAACUGAGAGCAAAGUGCAGGAGGAUUCGGGUAAUUCUAACUCCACCUCAACUGCCGGUGAUCAAUCCGGUGACAGUUCAGAAGGCACAAGUGAAGAAUUUGCUGACAAUCAAGAAGGUCCAAGUGAUGAAAAGAAUGAUGAGCAAACAGAAGUUCAUGAUGAGUUAUGACCGAGCAGGAAAGCAUGUAGGCCCAGUUUUAAUCAGCUACCUGCAGAACUUUUAGUUAGUAGACUAAUUUCUAGUGGAUAGGGGAGAGGAUGCAUUGUCAAUUUUCGGCGAUCAGGAGAACUUAUCUGAGGAAGUAUUUUCUGGAUGAAUGGUUAGUUUUAAGGUUAGAAAAUAUGGUUUCUAAUUAUUUUCCUCUUGCAACUUAACAGAAGAAAAAAACUGAAAGCAGAACAGAGG